GCACGCAACCUUGGGCCAUCCCCACAAGGCAGUUCUAAUCCCAUCAGUUCCUGAGAGCAGAAUGGUUCUGGGACAUGGCCGUGCUACUCAUGGGCAUGUGACGGAGCUGUGCUUUACUAUGUGCCUGAGUUCCAGGGGUGUCAGAACGAAAGAAUAACAGGAGGCCCCCGCAUAGGGUGGAUGUGCCAUGGGGAAGCGAUACUUCUGUGAUUACUGUGACCGCUCCUUUCAGGACAACCUCCACAACCGAAAGAAACAUCUAAAUGGGCUGCAGCACCUCAAGGCCAAGAAGGUGUGGUACGACAUGUUCCGAGAUGCAGCUGCCAUUUUAUUGGAUGAACAGAACAAGCGACCCUGCAGGAAAUUCCUGCUGACAGGCCAGUGUGACUUUGGCUCCAACUGCAGAUUCUCCCACAUGUCAGAACAAGAUCUGCAGGAGCUGAGCAUCCAGGUGGAGGAGGAGAGGCGGGCCAGAGAAUGGCCACUGGAGACUGCCGAGCUUCCUGAGGGCCACCUGGAGGACUGGCUGGAGAAGAGAGCUAAGAGGCUAAGCUCAGCCCCGAGUAGCAGGGCUGAACCCAUCAGAACCACUGUCUUUCAGUACCCAGUGGGCUGGCCACCAAUGCAGGAGCUGCCCCCCUCCCUGAGGGCACCCCCACCCGGUGGAUGGUCCGUACAGUCCAGAGUCCAGUGGGGCUGAGCUCUUCCCCACCUCCCUGCCUGACUUCCCACCUGCCUCAUCAGUCAUAGCAAAGACUCAACCUAGGAAGCAGAGCCGCCUUCCCUCUGUUUGCCCUGGGGCCUCUGAGCCUGGCCUCCCCAUCCACUCACCAUCCCUCAGGCCAUUUCUCAGGAAGAACAUUCCAGUGCUUAUAAAGAAAGUCUAUCCUCA